AUGGAUGAUCUCUCAGGAUUAAACUGGUCGUCGACGACCAACUCGACGAACAACAAGCCGCCGCCGAUGAACCCCUCGGGUGCCAACUACUUCGGCUCCAUGCGACCGGCCAACUCGACGCCAUCACCGUUCCCCUCCGGUCGCAACACGCCUCUGUCUGCACAGGGAUCUGGAGCCGUCGCUGCGAAGCCUCCGCCCGCGAAGCCACCCGCUGACAGUUUCAGCAACCUGAUGAACUUUGGUGGUGCCGGGCCUGCCAAACCGACGUCAAAACUCACCUUGCUAGAACAGCAACAGAAGCUCGAGGCGGAGAAGAGGAAGAAGGAAGAGGAGAGACGGAAACAAGCGCAGGCGCAAUUUGGUGGUGGUUUCUUGGAUACACUCGGAUCAGGCUCCGUGUCGAGGACGACGUCCCCUGGCAUACUGUCCCCUGGCUCUUCUACGGGCAAGAAGGCCAGUGACGAUGACGACCUCUUUGCGGCGUUCAACUCUGAGACCAAGGUCGACAAUGCCAGCCACUAUCCUCCGCCUCCUCAGAAGAGCCCCUCGCCUGCGAUUGCCCCAGGCUUGGACCUCAGCAACCCAAGCGCAUGGAGUCAGGCACCUCCCCCUGCCAAUGGCGGCUUUGGAGACGACGACGAUCCGUUUGGUCUGAAUCAGCUAAAGCCCAAAGCUGUGUAUCCCGCACCCCAGCCGAUGAACGACGACGACGACGACUUCCUCGGCGACCUAGCCCGCCCGGUUGAAGAGGUUCGGCGCAAGCAACCCACCCCGCAGCCCAAGGGGCCUGAGCCCGGAAAGCCGAUUGAGGCAUCCGACUCCAGCUCAGAUGAUGAACAGCAGCCAGCUCCCAGGGGCGAAAUGGCCGAAUUUGACAAUGCCGUCGCGCAGCUCGUCGAUUAUGGCUUUACCCCUGAAAACGCUCGGAGGGGGUUGACAGAGAGUGGUGCGGGGUUGAAUGUGCAAGCAGCGGCCAACUGGCUUUUGGACGAUGCGCACCGACAAGCCAAGGCAAAGGCCCAAGGAAAGGACCCGGCAGCGGCUUCAAGAAGGGGCCGGGAGGAUAGUGGCAGACACGACAGUCAAAGGCGGGCCGAUACUAGGUCUCCUGCCGGUGAAGCUGACUUCUCAAAGACUGCUGCGGCUAUGGGGAAUAGCAUUUUCAAGACAGCCAACUCUUUGUGGAAGACUAGCAAGAAGCAGGUUGCGGCCGCAGUGGCAGACUUCAACCAACCCGAGGGAGACCCUAGCCAGCCAAAAUGGAUGCGUUCGGUAGCGCAGGCAGAUCGUGCGCAGCCUGAGAGGCGGGUGGCCGAGGCUACAAACGAGGCCAUGAUGCUAGAGUCUGGCGGUCGACCACAAAGGAGAACCGGACAGUCAUCGCAGUCGCCGAGACCAGAGGCGCCUCGUCGGACAGCAUCCCCUAGAGACCAAUCUCCUGCGGUGUCGGCCCCGUCAAGCGGAAGAGGCACCCCGGUCCCGAGAUGGCAACAACAGAGCGGCCCAGCAGUGCCGGAUUCAAGAACUCGUGCAAGCAAGCUGGCCAUGGCAGACGACAGCGCGGCCUCGUAUUUCAGCCCUGCCAGGAGGAAGAAGGCUACACCUCAGCCAGAAGCACCUCCGCCUCAGCAGGAGGAGCCGGAUCUGCUUCUUGCUGCACGACCUGCUAGACCUCCUUCUCCUAAGCCUGCCCCUCGACUGACUCGUCAAGUCCCGCCUAUUACACCUGCGGCGAUACAACAGUCAACGAAACAUCGUCUCGAUGGAACUGCCCAUUUCAAGCGUGGAGAUUACGGCGCAGCUCACUCAUCUUACACGUCAUCCCUCUCUGCUGUGCCAUCUUCGCAUCCCCUCGCAAUUGUCAUUCUUACAAACCGGGCACUGACAUCGUUGAAGAACGGUGAGCCCAAGCGGGCGGUUGAGGAUGCCGAUGCCGCACUGAAGAUUAUUGGUCCUGCUGGUGGCCAAGGCGAGCAAGUGUCUGUUGUUGUAGGUGACACCGGCGGCCAGGAAAGCCGCGACAUGCGAGACCUGUACGGCAAGGCAUUGAGCCGCAAGGCCGAGGCCCUCGAGCAGAUGGAGCGAUGGGGCGAUGCCCACGCCGUCUGGUCAACCUGCGUGAAGAACGGCGUCGGCGGCCCUACUGCUAUCUCUGGCCGACAAAGAUGCCAGUCUGCCCUGGCUCCCAAGCCCAAGCCCAAGCCUCGACCCGCCGCUGCUACUCCUGCUCGGUCUCGCCCUGUCGCGGCUUCUGCCAAGAACAUGGAGGCCGUCGAGCGCUUGCGGAAGCAGAACCAGGCAGCGGCGCAAGAAGACGACGAGAAGUUUGCGCUGUCGGAGAAGGUUGACGCUAAGAUUGCGGCGUGGAGGGACGGAAAAAGGGAUAACCUGCGCGCUCUCAUUGGUAGCUUGGACUCGGUGCUCUGGGAAAACAGCGGGUGGAAGAAGGUUGGGCUGCACGAGCUUGUUAUGGCCAACAAGGUGAAGAUUCACUACAUGAAGGCCAUUGCCAAGUGUCAUCCCGACAAGCUUCCUCAAGACGCUAGCACGGAAGUGAGGCUUAUUGCCGCUACGGUCUUUGCGACGUUGAAUGAGAGUUGGGAUAAGUUCAAGUCCGAGAAUGGAUUGUAA